AUGUCGAUUUCUCUCAAGGAGAACCGGCACGAAACCCUUACAGCUGCCCAGAAGGAGACACUCGAAGAACUUCGCGAGACUAGUGUUCCACGAUACCUUUUUCGUGGUUGGCACUACGGCAGUGGUGGUGGGCCCAAAGAGACCAUCAACAGUACCGAAGAGAUCAUCCCACAUGGAUCAAUGAACGAUCGGGAGGGUCAUGACUUCUACGAACUGCAGGAGUCCGAGCUGAAGAGCAUGUUGGAGUGCCAUUACGAUGGUAAGACAGACAUUCCUUCCGAGAUCAGCUCAUGGGCAGCGUCGCUCAUGAUGAUUAUAUUUUUCGCAAAGCGACAGCAGAACCUAGGAUACAAAGGUGUGCACAUUGCUCUCAUUGAUACACACCAGUUGGCUAACGAUGUCCUAGUAUGGCACGCACCACACCUGAACCAGGAGUUCGAAGGAUGCAUCCAUGAGUACUUCGCACAUGGUCCGAUCCGUGGUCCAGGGUACAAGGCGGUACCAUAUGACCUCUUGGAAGAGCGAGGAGUGGACGACAAGGACUCGCUCCACUCAAUCGCCGAACUCUUCGAACUUUUCGAAAUGCCAGUCGCUACUGCACUCGCAUGCGCACGACCACGGCCAUGGUGCUACGUCAACAUGCCUGCACGACUGGAUGCUGCUUCCCGCAAGGCGUUGGAAAGAGAGGCUGUGUAUUUAAAUAUACAUUACCCUCAGCCUGCCGAUGCUCACACUGCACACUGGCUUCUUAGGGGAUCCGUCUUGACAGGGCCUACACCCGAUCAGGAUUUCCCAGAUGUGCGGCAGUGGAUCGACCUGCUUCGAGUCAUGGCCAAGAAAGUCCAUGAGCGAGAGGUAAAGGCGACGAUGCGCGGGAAGAAGCGGAAGGAGAUGGAGGAUGAAGAGGAUUGGCGUCCCGCUCGAAGAAGGAAGACGCGAGCCAAGUGA